AUGACAACUGAUUUAGACAAUGAUCUCUAUAAGGAAGAUGUUGACUUUUAAUAUGAUCAGUUAGUCCAAUUCAGUCAAAGAGACAAACUUCCUUUUCCUAAAUAAGAUGAUUUCAUAGGUAUUAAUUAAGAAGAUCAUAUUAGAUUAUGAAAUUAGAGAUAUUUUACAUGCACCAACUAUUAAAAUCGUUCAAGAAGGUUUAUUUACUAGUUGGAGAAGAUAUGUCAGAUUGAAUAGGUUAGCAUUCUAUAAACAUUGUCAUGAAAAUGACUAUAGCCGUAAAAGUAAAUAAAAAAUUAUUAUCUAGCUAAAUUGAUACUUAAAAAUAAAGCUUUGGAACCCGAGAGACCAAAAAGAGAAGGAUAAUUAUAAUAGUGUUAUAAAGGUUAUUGUUUAGUUGAAGACUUUAUCAAAAUUAAUUUCAAACAUAUAGACACGAGGGAAUUUGCAGAUUUUUUAAAUGUUAUGGGUGUUAUUAGACCAAAAGUAUAAUUAAUUAAUUAUCUAUAAAUCAUUCGUAAUACAUAUGUUAAAUUACCAAUCUUAAUUGAAAUGAGACAUUUUUAGAGUAUUUAUACUCAUCAAAUAUUCACUCAAGAAAAUGCGGCAAAUUAUAUUUAAUUAGCAUUUCGAAGAUAUAAAAAUCAUAUGACUGAAGUUUAAAAAUAAAUAAGAAUUAUGUCAAGUCUUAAAGCAGAAGAAUUAUUUGCUAUAAUUAAAGAUAAAAUUAGUAAAUCAGAUAAAUCACUAAAAGAAGUAUUUGAAAUAUUUGAUUACAACAAAGAUGGACAUAUUGAAUUUAAUGAAUUUCUAUAAGCUUUCAGAGAUUCUAAUAUUCCUGUUGCAGAGGAAGUCUUAUAAACUGUGUUCAAAUAUUUUGACAUAAAUAAUAAUAAUUCAAUCUAAUAUAUGGAGUUCUUGAGUAAAAUCUAAGUUAGAACUGUCUCUAAUGAAUCUUUAUUAAGUGUUUAAUUUAAAGUAGAAUAGACAGUAGAAUAAUUAAGAUAAGUUAUGAUGAGAGAAUUUAAAGAUUUAUAAGAAAUGAUUAAUUCACUUUAGGCAUCUGAUAGAUUAAAAAUAAAAAAGAUAGAAUUUCAAGAUUUUGUGAUGACAUACACUUUACGUUUCUCAAAAAUACAAUUAGACAAUAUGUUCCAUUAUUUAGAUCAUAACAAUAAAAAUUAUUUAACUAUUGAAGACUUUUCAUAAAUAUUUACUAGACAAUCACUCCAUGAAGUAAGAGAAGAGAAGAAAGAAACUAAAUAAUAAGAAUAAAGAGCAAUUUAAAAUAUGUAAUCUGAAAUUGAUAAUGCUAAAUUUCUAUAUCAUUACAUUUAAGCAGAAGAAAUGCAAGGUUUCAUAUAAGAAAGAGAUAAUCAACUAUUAGAUUUACUCAAGACUAAUACGCAAUAAAGUAAUGCAGGAAAAAGAGUUAGUUUUAGUAUGGCUGAUAUAGAAACUAGGGCUAAUAUUUAUAAAAAUUCACUAUUAAAAUUAGAAAUUCUAAUUCAAUAACUAUCUAAUAAAGUACUCUUGAAAUUAUAAUAAUCAGGGUUAACUGUUAAAUAAUUCUUUAGUUAAUUUACUUAAAAAUUUCCUGAAAAAUUUAUUGAACCUAAAGAAUUUCUUUUAAUGCUUAAUGUUCUUUUCAAUUAAGUUAUGGAUGUGUCUCUUUCAAAUGCUUUAUUUAGAAUCAUUAGUAAUUAAUAUACAGCCCGUGUAAGUUUAGCUAAAUUUGAAGAAUUGAUUAUGAUCGGAUAACAGAUAAGUCCAAUUCAACUUAGAAUGAAAUUUAAUUAUGGAACAUAUGUAGCUAAAUUAAAACCAAAACUAUUAGAAGAAUUCUAAAAAAUUGCUACAGUUAGCUUAGAUAUGAAAACUGUUACUCUUAAAUAAACUUUAUCUAUUUUAAAUUAAUUUGGAUUAAAAUUAGAAAUGUUUGAAAUACAAAAAUUAGCUGAUUCAUCUAUUAUUAGUCUAAAAGAUAGGAUGUAUACAGUAGAUUAUGGAAGAUUACUCUAAUUAAUGUUUCCAGAUGUCUAUCUUGGAGAGUAAUUGGUUCUUAAGAAAUUUGGUAUGGUCAUUUUAAAAUUUUGGAGAAGAAUUAAAUAAUCUUAUUUUCUUAAAAAAGCUUCAGGCAAAUUCAAUAAGAAAUAGAAUAAGAGACAACCUAAACCAUUAGGCACUAAAAGAUCACUUAAGGAAAAAAUGAGUGAAACUUUACCUGCUGUUUAAAAGUAAAAUGAAUACACAAAAAUUAAGAGUGGAGACUUAUAUUAAUUUGCUAAAACUAUAAUACUUGAAUGUGUUGAAGGAGCUGUAUAUUUUGCAGAAACAUAAAUAUUUACUCAAUAAAAAUAAUAAACAUAUCAAAAGAGACCUACUAUAAAAGAUUUAUUUAUUUUUCAUCCUUUCUAAUCGUUUGAAUUACCUAAUCUUUUAGGAACAUUAUCAUUUGAUUAUUUAACUUAGAGAUUGUACAUGCCUGAUAAAUAAAGUAUUCUUUAUACUUAAGAUAUCUGUGGUAAUAGAAUGUUGUAAAAUAUUAACAUUGGUACUAAAAUUCCAUUUAAUCGAUCCUUUAUUGUAGAUUGUUUAAUUUUUAAUCAAAAAAUGUUCAUCUUAAAAUCAAAUUGGUAAUUGUAGAUGUGGAGUAUGUCAUAGAAAAGUGAUAGACAUGAUUUAGCUAUUGAUUUAAGAGAAGGAGCUUCAAAUGCUUAAUAAAGUACACAACAUUUAUGGUAAUGUGAAGAUUUAUUGAUUGUUGUUUCAAGUCAAAGAACUCAUAUUCAUAUAAUAUCAUCUGUAUCAUUACAUAUAAUACGAAUUGUGAAUUUUGUUUGUAUUCUGGAUUAUCAUUUUAAAUAUAUGAAUGAAAUCAUGAAUAAAGUUGCUACCAAAUUAAUCCAAGAUACUAAUAAUAAGUUUCCAAUUAAAUUAGAAAUGACUUUAGUAGAAAUGGAAUAGUAAGAAUAAAAAAGAAGAGAAUCUCUUAAUUUUAUGGUACAAUUCAAGGAUUCAAGAGUUCAAAAAGGUAAAUUAUUACAUUUUUUUACUAACAAUUAAACUUCAGAUAAGGAAAUCGUGAAAUAGUAUUUUGAUUAGAUUUGUGAUGAAGAGGGAUAUAUUAGUUAGUAGUAAUAUGAAGAAAUAUUAAAAGAUAAAUAAAAAAAUAAAUAUAAUAUAUAUGAUGCAUUAAAUAUAAUCAAAAUAUCAAAAGUUAAUUUAAGAUAACUUUUUAGUACAUAUGAUGAUGGUAAGAAUUUGGUUACUCAAAAACAAUUAUUUGAGAUGUUAGAAUCUUUUAAUAUGAAACCUUAAGUAAGAUAGAAUUUUGUUUGUGCUUUUCCUAAUGGUAUUUCAUUUUAAGAUUUUAGUAAAUUAAUUGAAAGUCCUAUUACUUAUGAUGAAUUAUUAUAUAGGUGUGAGUCAAAUCGUAUAGAUUUAGUAAAAUUAUUUUAAGAAUGUGAUGUUUAUAAUGUAGGUUUGUUAGAUAGAAAUGAUUUUUAUUUUGUGUUAUCAUCUUUACCUUUUGGUCUUUUGGAUACAGAAAUAGAUUAAUUAGCAUCUUAACAAGUUUAUGAUUCAGAGAGCGGUCGUAUAAAAUAUCGUGAAAAACCCUAAGCAAUGAAACAAAGGGUUAAACAAGUGUAAUAUAUUAAUGAUCUUAAUAUUGUAAUUACAUCAGUAUAUUAUCCUAAAAGAGGAACAAUAUUUUGUUUAAAUGAUAAAAAUAUAUUAGCUUUAUUAGAAUAUCACAAAGAAGCUCCAAUUCUCUAUUAUGUUAAUGAAUCUGGAUGUCUAUUAAGUGCUGAAGGUUAAGAUUUAUGUAUUUGGACUAUAUAUAGAGAUUUGACUUUAAAGUAUGAUGUAAAUCCUCCUUGGAUUAUUAAACCAUAAAUUUGUAUUAAAUUAAAUGCAUAAAUAACUUAAAUUGGAUAUUUAGCUUAUAAUUAAUUAAUUAUGGUAGCUACAACUGAUGGAAUUAAUUUUUAUGAUCCUGUAAGUUAUCAAUAAUAGUCUUCGAAAGUAUAAGUUCGUGUUAAACCAGGAUAUUAUAAGGAAUUAGAAGAAUUUACAACAAAUUAAUAAGUUCCAAUGGUUCAUUAAUUAGAAUUAUAAAAAAUAGUUUCACUUAGUACAGGAUUAUUGUAAACUCCUUUUGAAAGUGAAGAUGCUACACUUGGUAGUACUUUAUUAAGUCUAGAAUUUAUGAUAAUUAUGACUGAAAUACCUAUGGGUCAAAAUUCAAAGAAUUUACUUAAUCCUGUUAAAAUAGUUCUUGUACAUAGAUAAUCAUUAGAAAUUCCAUCAACUUAAUUAGAUGUGAUUGUUCCUUAAAAUAUUUUAAGUUAAAUUUAAUCUGAUUUAGAAAGAAUAUUAUAAUAAGCAUUAAUGGGUAAAAGAGCUAGAGGAGUUAUUGGAAUAGAAAAAGAAUUAAAUAAAGAAUAAUUAAAAAUACAUACAAAAAGAUAAUUAAUUAAACUUAGCAAAUAAUUAACAUUAAAUAAAUAACCAUGUUAAUAAGAUAUUUUAAAUGAAAUUUCACAUUCAUGUGGUGGAAUAUUGAGCUAUUCAUAUGUUUAUAAUCUAUUGAAAUCUUGUUAAUGUCUUAAUCCACAUAAUAUAUCAUUUGAAGAAUUCAAAUAUAUUGUAUAAUACUCUGAAGAGUAUAAACCAGUUAUUAAAAUACAAAAUCAAAUUGAAUCCAAAUUAUAAAAUCUAAUUAGAGAUGGAUAAAUUGAUUUACCACUUGAAUUUGAAUUAUAAAAAGCUAUGAGAUUGAGUAAUGAUAAGAUUUUAAUGAAACAUUAAUUUAAAAAACUACUUAUGAAAUUCAAAUCAUAUUCAAAUGAAAAAGAUUUAAAUGAAUUUGUUUAAAAUGAUUUUGUAAGUUUAAAAACUUUAAUGGAUAAAUUUGAAAAUGAUAAAUUGAUUUAUAAAUUAAGAAUGAUAUCUCGUCCUGAUUAAAUUAUUAAAGAAAUCUAAAAGUUAGGAAUUCCUAGAUAAUUUCUAGCUAGAUUAGCUAUGAAUGAUGAAAAUGGAGAUGGAAUAUUAACUAAAAAAUAAUUUAUGACUGCUAUUUCUGAAAAUUAAGCACUUUUUUCUGAAUUUUUUGAUUUAUAUUCUGAAAAUCUUAAUGAUGAACCUAUAAUAAGAAUGAAAUAAAUUACAAGCAAAUUAUUAUCAAUUUCAGAAGGAUUAUAAAUUAAAAAAAUGCUUGAUACAUUAGCUAAAGUUAAAAACACAUUAAUAUAUAGAUAAUUAGGUUUAACUCAUCUUUUUAGAGUUAAUGAAAUGCCAUAUCAUGAUUUUUGUGAUUGUGUUAUGGAUCUCAAAAUACCAGAUGUAACUGAAAAGGAUGUAAAAUUCUUAGCUGAUUGUUUAGCUAUUGAAUCUAAUAAAAUUAUACCAUUUUAAUCAUUUUAACAUUACUUACAUAAAUUAAGUGCUAGUGAUUAAUUUUUAUUAGUUGCAGAUUAUGAAGAUUUGUUACAUACAGCUGAAGAAAUUCUUUAAAAUAAAGAAGUAUUAAGAUUAAAAAUACCUAAUUAAUAACCUUGUUAACCAUGGGAUUUAAGAGGAUUAUUAACAUUUUUAAAUUUUGAUAGUGUUGAUAGAUUUUUAAUAAAAGUAUUGGAAAUGAAGGAAUUUACAUAUGAUUAAUUAAUUGAUAAAUGUGUUAAUUUUGUAAAUAAAAUAAAUUUGUAAAAAAAGGAUGCUAAAUCACAUUAAUCAGGAUUACUAUAAUUAGUAACUGAGGACACUUCAAAAAAAUAUUAAUCAGUAAUAUAAUUAGGAUAAUUAAUUAAAUCUCAACCUUAUAAUUAAAUUUAAAAAGUGUUUUAAUAAUGUAUUUAAUUAGAUAAUGACAAAAAUGGAUUUAUUGAAUUACCUAUUUUUUGUAAUGUAAUAGCCUAUAACAUAACUGUUGAAUAAGGAUUAUUAGUAAAUUUUUAAUAAGAAUGGGUGACUUUGAGUAAUGAAGAAAAUUUAAAUUAUAAUAGAUUCUUUAAAGAAUAUGUUGAAUUUGAAUAGAUUGCAAGUAAUUAAGAUAAAUAAAAUAAUUUAAAUCAAUUAUUUAUUCGUUUUUCUUAUGCAGUAAAUAAAAGUGGGAUAAAUCUAGGUUUUGUAUUAAAGAGAUUUUAUAAUUAUGAUAAUUAAGAUUUUUUAACAUAACCACAAUUUUUGUAGUUAUUAGAACAAAUUUAAUUGUAACUCACAUAGAAUGAAAUUAAUGAUAUAACUUAAUUUUUAGGUGAAGAUAUUACACAUGCAAAUUUAUUAAAAUAUUACACAUUUGCAAGUAAAAAUACUGCAAUUGUUUAUGAUGCUACUAUUUGGGAAGUUGCAGGAACUUAAAUAAGUAUAUCAACAAUAAACAAAUUAGGAAAAUGGUAAUAAUCUAAAGAUUUAAUGAAAUCUAUAGAUUUUAAAAGAUUAUUUAAUUAAUAUGAACCUACUGAGUAAUAAUAGAUUAUCAGAUUUGCUUGUGUUGGAUGUCGAGUGACGAUAGAGGAAGCUUAGUAAUUAGCAAAAUCAAUAAAGCUAAAUUAGGCAGAUUUAUCUUAAUAUUUUGUUAAUCCAAUAUUAUUCUCUGAGGCUUUGCCUUAAAUUGUAAAAACUAAAGUAAAAGAACAAGUUAGUAAAAACAGAUUUAAUGGAUCAGAAAAAGUUGCUUAAGAACCAUUAGAUGAUUAGAUUACAGUUGUUUCGAAAAAGAUUUAAUAAGCUUUGAAAAAUUUGAACACAACUGUUCUUAAAAUAUUAUUAAAUUAAAAUAUUAUAGUAAAUGUUAAUGGAUAAUUAUCUAGAAGUGAAUUUAAGAAAUUAUUGGAUUCCUUACCUUAUGUUUGGACAAUGAAAGAUAAACAUAAUUUAUAUCAAAAAUUUUAAGAACCAAUUAAUGUAAUGGAUUUUAUUAGUUUAUUUGAUAUGAGAGAUGAUUUAUCAUUCUAUAUUGAUAUCAUCAUCUAAAAAUUAUUUAUGGGAUUGUAUAGAUUAUAAUUAACUUUAUAUACUUUUUUCACAUAGAUUGGUAGGAUAGAAGUGAAAUAGUCUGAGUUAUAAGAUAACUUAAAAUAAUUUAUGUCUGUUUGGGAAGCAAAAGCAUUAUUAAAAUAAUUGUUUUAAGAUGAAACUUAGAUAUUAACUAUAACUAUAUUUUUAGAAGCAUUUCGUAUAUAUGGAUUUAAUGAUUUAUAACUACUUAUGAGAUCAGGAUUAUAAGUAUUGAAUGAUGCUACUAUUGAAGUUUUAUAUGAGAUAGAGUAAAGUGGAACCAAUCAAGAAUUGACAAUUUAAUAAAUUUAAUAAUUAUUCAAUAGAAUGAAUAUUCACAUAUCAUUGUAAAGUCUUUUUUGUUUAUUAAAUAACUACUUAAUGGAUAAGAAUAAAAAACAUCCUAUGUAUGAAUAAAGAAUGAUCAAAUAUAAUAUUAGAGAAUUUCUAUAGUUUUUAUCUUAAUAAUAAAUUGCUAAAUCUUAAGUGAAAUAAUUCUAUGAGAAAUUGUAAGAAUCACAUUUAUAAAUAUUUGAAUUUUUUGCAGUUUGUGAUUCUCAUCAAGAUUAUGCUAUUACUGAAGAUGAAUUUAAAUAUGGAUUCGUACAAUUAUAAUUACCAAGAAUGGAUAAUAUUUGGUUAGAUUUUGAAAAAGUUGAUAUGAGAAUUCCAUUUUAAAAUUUCUUGAAAGCAUUUUUAUAAACAGGUUGUAUCUAAUGGUAGGAGUAGGAACAUUAAGAUACAUUUAUAAUAGCUAUAAAGAAAUUAGGAAAUUUAAAUGAAUCUUUUAUUAAACUAGCAGAUGGAGAUUAAAUUACAUAUAAGAGUUUAAAACGUUGUCACUAAAAAUAUAAAUUAGAUAUUUCAAUAGAAGAAUUGCAAUUAUUUUAUAGUAAAUUAAAACAAAGAUAUAAAACUUUAACUUAUAAAGAAUUUGCUUAAGCUUUGUAAGGAGAAAAAUAAAUUGAAAUUAUUCAUUAAGCAUUUAGUAGUUUAGUAAAUGUAAAAGCUCGUGAAUUUCCAGAAACUAUGACAUUAGAUUAAUUAAAAUAAUUUUUAACAAAGAAACAAAUUCCUUCAUAACAUAUUAGUGUGAUUGUAAAUUCAUUUGAAAAACAGACUAUUACAAACAAAGAAUUGGAAUAGAAAUAAUUAGAUUACUCUAAUUUAUCUAAUUUAAAAGAGUAAUUAAGUAGUGAAAAGUUAUUACAAUUUUGUCAUGCUAUUAUUAAGUAAUUAAAAGGAUAACCAAAUUAAUUUAGUAAAAUAUACACAUAACAUGGUUUAGGUUCAAUAAAUUAAAUUACAUAUUAAAAUCUUUACACUUUUCUAAAUUAUUUAGAUGUCAACAUAACUUCAGAUAUUCUAAAAUUAUUCUAUAAUACAGUUGAUACAGAAUAAAAAAAUGUUAUUAAAUCAACUGAGAUUGAAUCUUUAUUAAGAAGAUCUUAAACUUAAGCAAGAGUAAAGACUUUAGAUCAUACAAAAAAGGCAGAAGUUAAUGAAUUAUUAAGAAAAGGUAUUAAAAAUAUUAUUGCUACUAUUCAAAGUAAGAAAAUUAGAUACGAUAAAUAGUUGGAUAAAAUUGAAUUAGCUGAAUUUGUCAAUUAAUUUUGUAUUCUAAAUGAACCUUAGAUUGAUUUAUUGAUGGAAGCUAUAAGUGAUAAUUCUUAAGUAUAGAAACCAACUUGGGGAGAUUUUGCAUGUUAUAUGAUAGAGGAUAAUUAAUAAAAGGCUAAAGUUUUUUUUAAAGAAUGUUUGGAAUUAUUUUAAGAUAUGCUUCGUCGAUUAAAUAUUAGAGUAAGUUGUGCAGUUAAAUAUUUUGGAUAGUAAAGAAUUUUUAUAAGAGAAUUUAUUCAUAUGAUGUUAAGUCUUGGAUUUAAUCCUUUAAAACUUAAGCUUAAUUAUAAGAAAAUAAAAUUGAUAUUUGAAUAGCAUGGAGGUGAUGAAAUGAGUGAUUUAGAAUUUUUAAUGUUAAUGAGUGAAUAAGAAGGACCAGGAACUUAAUUAAGUCAACCAGUACUUGAAGUAUUAAUGAAUUUAUAUCGUUUUGCAAUAAAAAAUCAAUUAUCAAAAUAAUAAUUGUACAAUUUGAUGAAUUUGAAUAAAUCUGGAUGGAUUUAAAGUGAAGAAUUAGAAUAAGCAAUUCAUAUGAUUGAUCCUUAAAUAUAGUUGACAUAGAUUAGGGCUUUAAGUUCUUACUUAACAUAAUAGGAUUAACUGAUAAAAGUUGGGAGUCUAAUUAAAUUGAUAUAUAUAGGAGGUUCUCUUAAUGAUAAUUCAAUAGAAGUAAAUGCUUUUUUCACUAGAGUAUUUGAACCCUCUUUAUUACAUGAAAUAGUUUAAUUAGAAUAAAUAGGAACUGGAUUUGAUGGUUUAGUUCCAUAAAUAACUAUUUCCUUGUAAGAUUUCUUCCAUCUCAUUCCUAAACAUAAAGAGUAAGAUAUUGCUUUAAUGAUAAAAUCUUUUGGAUUAAAAUAAGAUUAAUUAGAUUUAGAGAAAAUAUAUGAAUGUUUAAUUAAUAUAAAUGAAGAUUUAAAAGUUGGAUCUAAAUUAUAAUGUAAGGAAGGAAAAUAAUAGUAAAUUAUAGAAGAAAUGCCUCUUGAAUAAAGUGUGGUAUUAAAAUUUUAAGAAUAAAGAGUGUAAUAAAAUACAUUGAAAGGGCAAUAUGAAAUGGAAAUAAUUGAACACAUAUGUGCAAUUUUAAAUUAAAAUUAAAUGUCUUUAAUGAAAUCAGUAUUUUAAGAGAAGGGGUAUUUGAGUGCUUAAGAGUUCUAAUUAUUACUUAAAAACAUUGGUGUUUGUUUAAGUAUUGAUUAAGUAAGGGCAUUGAUAAAAUUAUUUGAUUUUAAAUCAGAUGGUAAUAUCUUACAUUAUACCGAACUAUUAUCUGUAAUUGAAUAAUAAGGAUAUUAGAUAAUUAAAGAUGAAGCACAAUAAGUAAAUGUUUAUAAUAAAUUAUUAUAAAAAUUCUUUGCUUUAGAAUUUGGAGAUCUUAAUUAUAAUGAAUAGAUGACUGUAAAUGAAUUUUAUAGAUUAAUAUCUUUAGAAGGAGAAAGACAUCCAUUUAAUGAUAGUGAAUUUUAAAGAUUGGCUAAUCUAUUUACAUAGUAAGGAAUGAUUCAAAAGAAUCUGAUUUUAAGAAUUCUUGGUACGUAAAAGUAAAAUUUUGUUGAUCAUGAUUUAAUUGAUAAAUAAUUGUUGAAGAACAUCUUUUAUAGAUUUAAUGGAUUUGAAUUAGUUUUAAAUUGUAUUAAAAAGAUAAGGGAACUCUUUAAUUAAAAUAUAGAUUCAAUAAAAUAAUAAGAUGAUAGUGGUUUGAUGUAAUUAUCUCUACAAAUUAAUGUAAAUAGUAUAUAUUUGAAAAUUAAAUAAAUAAUGAAUUACAUAUUUAAUGAUAUUCAAUUAAUAUAAGCUGGAGUAUUUAAUUUAUUAAAUCAAUAAUUUUAAGCUUAAUAUAUAUAGCCUCAUUUAACAAUUAGAUCAGAAAGAACAAAAAUGUCUUAAAUGUAAUUAUCAUUGACUAGUGUAUUUUUGACACCAAUUCCUGAAACAUAAUUUAUACCUGUACAUAUACCAUAAAUUGAAGGAAAAUAAAUGUAUUAGAUGUUAGGUAGAAUAGCUGCUAAUAAUGCACCUGUAAUAGUAGGUGUAUGGACAGUACCUAUUUUAUAAACAGUUUGUUAUGAUGGAGUAAUGUUAAAAUAACAUAUUAUGGAAGUUCUUAGAUUUUAAACUAUUUUAAAUUAGACAUGCAAAUUAUAUGGAGUCUGUGAAAAAAAAAAUAAUAUGGGAGCAGAAGUUCAUGCUUAUGUUUAAUUUGAAGGAACUAAUUUAAAUACUGUUUGUUAAUAAACUGGAGGAUUACUCAAAAUACCUUAAUUAGUUUUGAGUGGAUAAAUGAUUUAUAUUGCUAAAUUAUGGUUAGGAUAGAUAUUAUCUAUUAUGUGUGAUAUUUAAAAUUAUGGUUAUGCAUUCCCAUUAAUAAGAACUGAAAUAUUUUACAUUUUUAAUGAUUAAGUACAUCUAAGUGAAUUAACAGGUAUAUAAUCAGUUAAUAUCAAUAAAUUUUAAUCUGGAAUUGAUAUUAAACUACUUGUAGAAACUGUAUUGUAAUAAGAAUACAAAGAUCUUGCUUUAGCACCUGAAUUUUAUAGUAAAUCUAUUUAAGAAAUUACAAACAUGGCUGAUACAUGGUCUUUUGGUGUAAUUAUAUUUGAAUUAUUGUUUGGACAUAAACCUUAAAUUAUUAGUAAUUCUGGUUGUUAUUAAGGAGAUAAAUAUCUUUAAUUAAUUGAGCCAUCUGAUUAUGAACAAGGAGAUUUAUUAUAAAAAGAAGUAUUUUAAAAUCUAAAAAAAGAAUUGGCAGAUAUUAUAGAUAUGAAAAAUUAAUCAAUUACUUAAUAGAUACUUUUAUAAUUGGAUCAAAAGUCUUUAGGUGCAUAUAUAAAACAUUUAUUUAAGAAUGUUAAUACUGAUGAAUCAAUGCUAAAUUAAAUUUCGGAAUUGGUUGAUUUAAUGUGUUCUUGUUUAUAAUAUGAACCACAUAAUAGACCAUAAUUAUAAUCAAUCUAAAAAAGUAAUAUUUUAAAUGUAGAUUUACAAAAUGCAAGAUAAAUUGCAAGACCAAUUAUUAAUUAUAAAAAUCCAAGGAUUAUUUUUGAAAGUUAAAUUUAUUAACCUUCAAGAUAAAUUUCAUUAGCAAUAGUAAAGAAUAAACCGGUUGAAAUAGAAUCAAUUGUAUAAAUAAUUAAAUUAUUUAAUUAAACUAUUUUAUUGAGUAUAAUGGAUGAAUAGAAAUUAGAUUUAAUAAGUUAUCUAUUCCAUAGUAGAGUGUUAGACAUUUUAAAUUUUAUAGUGUUAAAUUUAAAUUAUAAAUAUGAUUUACCAUAAUUGGUUUAAUAGUUUUCAUAAAUAUUUAUUGAACUUCAAUAACAUUUAUAAUAAUAGGAAUCACCAGCUAGUUAACAUGUAGAAGCUAUUAUAACAACUUUAGUUAAAUUUACAUUAGGAGAACCAUAUAGAUUAAUAAGUGAUAAAAUGUUUAUGGCUCCAGAGACAGGUUUCUUUUCAAUAAGAGAAGAUGAAUUAGAUCAUGAAUUUAAAGAUAAGAAUUAAUUUUAUUCUUAUUGGACUCCUAGUAUUUAUAAAAUAGUUGCUCCAAUUUAUAAAGAUAUGAUAAGUGAGAGUGGAGUCGGUAGUGGUAAUAUGGUUGCAAUUAGAAAUUAUAUUUAAUUAUGUACAGAAAAAUAAGUAUCACCAUUUGAUAUGAAUAAAUUUUCUGUUAAUGUUGCUCCUGUUAAAUAUAAUACAAUUGCACGUUCAUCUGAAUAUUAUAGUGAAGUAAUGUCAGUAUCAGAUUCUCAUCUUUAGAUUGCUAAUUAUUUAAAUGGGUCUUUUAGUAAAUCUUCAGUUAAAAUUGCACUUAAUUAUGUAUCAUCUCUAAUUAAAUCAAAUAAAAUCAGUAAAUUACAAGUCUUAGUUGAUAGUAGAAUUACUAAUCUCUUAAUUUAACUAGUUACUGAUUAAGAAUUCAGAACCAGUGUUUUGUAAAUGCUUGCUCAUAUUACUAUUGCAUUUCGUAAUGAAGUUCCUACAAGUUUAAGAAUUGAACAUUCAAAUUAAGGAUUGGUUCAAUAGUAUUAAUAAAAUAAUGCUGUUCAUUUACUUAGAAAUCUUUCUAUUAUCAGUCAUAUUUUAACUAAUAAAAAUAAAUUAUCUAAUGAAAGAUUUUUAUCAUUCCAACCUACAGAAUAAAAUUAAUCAGAAUCAAAUAAAAUAUAAUAAUUAAAUUUAUAUGUUGCAGAAUUAAUUUUUGCAUUACCUACAAUUUAUUAAGGUCUUUUUGUUGAUCUUAAGACUGACCCUGAAUUAGUUUAUAAAAUAAUUGCCAAUUUAUUAUAAUGGCCUAAAGUUGGUAAAUAUGCUUUAGGAGGUUCUACUUAAUAAUUAUUAGUGGAAAUGUUUAGACCUAUGGCUUUAUAAGCAGAACAUAAAAAAUCAAAUAAUCUUUAACUUAGUUUAAAAUUAUAUGAUGAAAUCAUUACUAUGGCAUUACCAAAUACUAUUGAUUUAAUUCAUUAAAGUAAAGUUAGAAUUAUGUUAUAAACUCAUAAUUUAUUAGUUCCUGAAAAAUCAUCUUCUGAUAAAUUUGUUAAAAUGUCUAAAUCACUUAGUAAUUAAUGGUAAGAUUAAAAAUCAAUCAUAAUUUAAGAAAUUAGAGAUUAAGUAUCUAUUUUAAUGAAUGGAAGAAGUUUAACAAAAAAAUAAAUACCACCAAUAUUUGGAUAAAUUAAAUAAGCUCUUAAAUAAAUUCAAGCUUAUGUUGUUUAUACAAGUAAAGAUAAAUUAUUAAGUAAUCCAGAAGAAAGAAGAUUUAUUUAUAAUGCAUUCUAAAUGAUUAUGAGCAUCUUUAAUGAUUUAUUAACUUUUGGUUAAUUACAUUAAGAAUGUUGUGAUUUACUAUAAUCCUUAGGAGAUUUUAUUAUGUAUAUCACUCUCAUUUCACCACUCUUAAUUUUUGAUAUUGAAGACAUGUAAAGUACAAAGAAUGCUAUUAUUUGGUUGAGAGAUACUGUUGAUUUCAUUUAUGAAUUUCAUAUUGAAUGGGAUAGAGUAAACGAAGAAAGAAGAAUGAGAAUUGAAGAAAUUAAUAGAUUAAAAUAGGAAGAAUAAGAAAAAAAUUUAAAGUUUGUUGAAUCUCUACAACAAAAAUAAAACAUAUAAGAAUCUAAAAUAAAUAAAAAUGUUACAUUUAAAUUACCAAAUGAAAAAUCAGUGAUCUAAAAUUAGUAAUAAUCAUAAUCAUAAUUAUAAUCCCAAUUAUAAUCUAUUAAACAUUCUCAAUAAGUAAGUGUUGCAAUACAAAAUUAAUCAUUAUAAUAAUCACAAAUUUCAGUUAAUGCAAAAUCAUAAAUUCAAUAAUAAUCAUAAAUAUAGAAAUAAUAAAAUUAAUCUUAAUUGAAAAAUACAAGUAAAAGAUUAUAGGAACCUCCUAAUUCAUAAUCUUAAGUUUAAUUAGAAUAUGCAGUCAAAUUAGAAUUAAGGCCAUACUCUUCUAAUAAAUUGAUUUAAUGUGCUUUAAAUUUAUUAAAAUGUUUAACAGCAAUAAUAGACUCUAAUAUAAAUUAAUAUUUGUAAUUGCUUACAUUUUUAAAUAUUGGAACUUGGUAUACAAAUUUGACUUUUAAAUAAUGGAUUAUUUUUGAAAGAGUUGUUGGUCCAUCUUUAGAAGAAACACUUAUAAUAAAAAAUUAAGUUGAUGAAUCUAUGGUUAGAACCUCUUUAUUUGAGGCAAUAGGUAAGUGUUAAAAUCAUGGAUUAUAAGAGUAAUUAAUUAAUGCAGGAUUCAUUAAAGGAAUAUUUAGUUAUUUACUUAAUAAUACAAAAUCAUUUGAAGUUUAGAAAAUAGUAAAAACACAUUCAUAUGUACCAUUCAUACAUUGGAUGCCUUAUAGACAUGAAGCUUUAAUAUAUUUUACUGCAAUUAUAUGGGAACGUAAGAAUUGUGUAAAUUUUUAUAAUGAAAUGAUGAUUGAAGUACAUGCACGUAAUACUCUAUAAGAGGAAAGCAAUCAUCUUACUACAAAGGUUGAUAAUAAAAGUAAAGAUGCUAAUAGUACUAUAAUGUUCACGAGAGUUUAUAUGCUUUGCAUUUUAAUAUCAGCAAAUGAUAGUGGACUAUUAUUUUUAAUGGUAAAUAAUUUAUUUAUAGAUAGAAAUAACUUAAAAUAAGUCAAAAACUAUUACAAUUAUUUUAAACAAAUGAAGAUUUUAGAUAAUUAUUCUAAGGAAUUUAUUAAUAUUUAGUCUCAGAGGAAUUAGAGCUUUGA